AUGCGCUCGUGCUCGUUGUUCGUCCUCGUGGCCGCCCUGAUGGUCCUGGCCGCCGCCCAGGACGUGGACACCAAGGCCCAGGACGAGACCAAGCCGUCGCCACUGACCGCCAUCCAGCUGCCCAGCUCGUUCAAUCUGUCCACCAACAUGGUGCAGACCUUGGCCGUCGCCGGCGCCGUGGUCGUGGGCCUGAUCGGCGCCGUCGGCAUCCUCGCCCUCAUCCUGCCCAUGUUCGGCUUCCGCAUGUGCUACCUCUUCGGCACUUGCGACGCCUCCUACGCCCACGCCUUCCUCGCGCCCACCGCCUACGACGCCUACGCGUACUCGCAGCCCGUGUACGCCAGCGCCGCGUACGCCAAGAGCUAUGACGGCGCCACCAACGAGCUUCCCUACUCGUACGACGCCUACCCUCAGCACGCCGCCCAGGUCACCUACCCCACCACCAACAGCGUCGCCGCCAACGCCUACCAGAAGAGGUCCCUGGAGUACGUCGGGCCCAUCCUCAAGAUGCUGAGCAACGCUUACGAGAAGUACAACCACCCCGCCCAGGCCAAGUCCAUCGUGGAGAGCGCCAAGCCCGCCGUGAGCAGCGCGCCCGCUGAGAUCCAGGCGGAGUAGGUUCAAGCCCUGCGGAAAUGGAGACACUGCGAGGAGAAAUGAAUCCCGCCGAAGCUCUGCCCGUCAAGCUUCGAGCCCCGUUGCAAGCGUUGCAGGCGGGGCAGGGCCCUGUCAGAAAUCCGUCCUUACAGUAUUAGCCAGUGGGUCAGUUGGCUGCCCUGCAGAGGCGCCACGUCCCGAGCUGCCGGCUUUGGGAAUUCCCCAUCGGUGCCUUCAAAUCUAGGGAAUCCCCACUGCCGACUGCAUCGCCAUACUCUAGAAUGAAUAGUUAAGACGUUAAAUUUCGAUUAGGACUUAUAGUUGUACAAAUUUAUUUUUCAAGAUUAGAGAGUAAGCAGAGCGAGAAAAACGACAGUGAACGUGUAGAAUUGACGGGUGUGCCAUGUGUUUGAUAGCCUGCCUCUGUUGUUGCCAUACCCGAGUUUCACGUAUACUCCUCAUAGUGCCAUUGUAUUGUCUUCGUUUGUUACUGUGCAUUUAACAGUUUCUUUCAGGCGAUUUGAAAUACAAUUAAUGUCGGGACUUAAUGCUAAUAUGUUGGCACACUUUUGCCUGCUGCAUACGGUGUGUUUGUAAAUUGUUGAGUAGUUUUA